GUUGUCAAAUCCCUCGGAAGUCCCGAAACUUGGGUACUACCGCGCGGAGCUUGGCAAACGAGACAAACCCACCCAAGCUAGACGUACCUUGGGCAUGACCGAUGUCAACUAUGAACUCUCUAACAUGUCGGAAUAAUUCCCUUCGGUUUCAGCAGGUUCAAGCUGGCAGAUAUCACCUGCUAUUUUCAUCCUCGGUGCAGACAUAAUAGCUGCAGCUAUGGCAUCGGCAAGACUUCGCAAGGCAUUCCGCUACCCUGAUGAUUCGGGUGAUGACGAGCAUGGUCGCGAGGAGCUGGACGAAGAAGAGCAGGAACGCGUAAUAGACCGGUUGAAGGUGCUCAACGAGAAGCGGAACUCAGAAUACAGUAUCGUCUUUGCCGCCGCCCCUCUGUUUGCUGGCUAUGCUUUCGUCGCUUCAAUCCUAUCAGGCUCUUCGGGCCCAUAUGAACGGUUUUUGUCCCUCCUCAGCAUUCUAUCGUUACUAGCCACGGCCUAUACGAUGAGGUUUCUCCCGCUUCAACGCCCAGAUCCCAAAGGCAAGAGACCCAUGACGAGGUCGACUAUUACCGUCACUUUUCAACGGUAUACUUUGCCUCUUAAUGCGUCUAUCUGCGUGCUCCUAGCCCUGAUCUACGCUUCACAAUCCACAAUGGGAUUACGGCUGGGCAUCGAACCCAUUACAUACCUAGUUCCGGGAGCAAUGUUUACGACUGUCCUAGUCGCACGCAAAGUCAUGCUUUCCGUUGACCUCAAGGCUCUUGAGAAUCUCCGUUACGAGUACAAAGGAGCAUAGAAUCAGCAAUGGUUCUACAAAAUUUGUGAUUGAGUAGGGCUUGUUCUCGUACCACAGAUCCUCUAGGAUAUAAUAAAUAUCCAUCGCGCUUUCGACCAAUUAA